AUGACACCCAGAUCGACAUCAACAUCAACAUCUACAUUCACCACCACAUCCAAUACUGCAUCCCUCCGCACCUCCUCUCAGCUCAAGCCCAAAACGAAUACUGCGAUCAACGGCGAGGAAGAUGCCGACACAUAUAGCGACGGAGAAGGAGAAGCAGAACUCGGUCUCGCAGUAGCAAUGAGUAUCACGUCUGUUCGCGCCCGGCUUGUGUAUAUUGGAUGUAGGGGAUGGGAUGCUUGA